AGAAAGAGAGAAAAAAAACUUCAGUUACUGCUGCAGACACCAGAGCACGAGAGAACCACGCUGCACCAGAGACGGUGUAUAGGGCUGUAGUACCAGCACCUGCACCAGAGACUGUGUAUAGUGCCAAAGAACCAGCACCUGCACCAGAGACUGUGUAUAGUGCCAAAGAACCAGCACCUGCACCAGAGACUGUGCAUAGUGCCGGACAACCAGCACCUGCACCUACACCAGAGACUGUGUAUAGUGCCAAGGAACCAGGACCUGCACCAGAGGUUGUGUAUAGUGCCAGAGAACCAGGACCUGCACCAAAGUCUGUGUAUAGUGCCGGAGAACCAGGACCUGCACCAGAGGCUUUGGAUAGUGCCAGAGAACCAGGACCUGCACCAGAGAGUGUGCAUAGUGCCAAGGAACCAGGACCUGCAACCAGAGACUGUGUAUAGUGCCGGAGAACCAGGACCUGCAUCAGAGACUGUGCAUAGUGCCAAAUAACCAGGACCUGCAACCAGAGACUGUGUAUAGUGCCGGAGAACCAGGACCUGCACCAGAGACUGUGUAUAGUGCCGGAGAACCAGAACCUACCCAGAGACUGUGUAUAGUGCCAAAUAACCAGGACCUGCAACCAGAGACUGUGUAUAGUGACGGAGAACCAGAACCUACCCAGAGACUGUUUAUAGUGACAGAGAACCAGGACUUGCACCAGAGACUGUGUAUAGUGCCGGAGAACCAGGACCUAUACCAGAGACGGUUAAAAAGUGCCGGAAUACCAUGGACUGCACCAGCGACUGUACAUAGUGAAAUAAUUCCAAGACAUGCACCAGACCUGUAUAUUACUGGAGUACCAUGAUCUGCACCAGAGACUGACUGUGUAUAGUGCCCGAGAACCAGGAUCUGCACCAGAGACUGUACAUAGUGAAAGAAUAACAGGACUUGCACCUAACCUGUAUAGUAGGGGAGUACAAUGAUCUGCACCAGAGACUGUGUACUGUGCCGAAGUAGCAGAACCUCCACCAGAGACUGUGUAUAGUGCCAAGGCACCAGGACCUGCACAAAAGACUGUGCAUAGCGCCAGAGUACCAAGACCUGUACCAGAGACUGUGUAUAGUGUCAAGGCACCAGGACCUGAACAAAAGUCUGUGCAUAGUGCCAGAGUACCAUAACCUGUACCAGAGACUGUGUAUUGUGCUGUAGCAUCAGUACCUGUAUCAGAGACUGUGUAUGGUAGUGGAGUACCACCAGGAUCUGCAUUAAAGACUUUGUAUAGUGUCGGAGUACCAGAAUUUGCACCAGAGACUGUGUAUAGAACUGGAGUACUAGGAUCUACACUAGAGAGUGUGUAUAGUGCCAGAGUACUAGGACCUGCACAGACACGUGGGUGUAUAGUGCUGUAGUACAAGGACCUUCAACCAGAAACUGUGUAUUUAACUAGAGUAACAGGAUUUAACCCAGGAUUUUAAAAGAAAGCACUGUAUGGCACCAGGAGAUGUAUGCUGAGUAGCUAGAGUCCAGAGACUGUAUAUAGUACAAGGGAUGUAUAUCCAGAACCUGGCACCCAUAGGUUGUGUAAAGUACCAGGGGGUGUGUACCCAGAACCUAAGACCUAGAAGCUGUAUACAGUACCAGGUAAUAUAUGCCCAAGACCUAAAGUGAAGGCUGCAUGUAGUCUUUGGGGGAUUUAGGCUUUGGACCUUCAGAGAUUGUUGUAUAGUACCAGGGGACGAGCAGUAGAACCGGAGGCCCAGAGGCUGCUUGGACUUGUACUGAGGGUGCAUAUCCCACUAGGACGAGCAUAAUACUACACAUUUGCGGAUCUUGAUGCUCUCUGCACACAGAAAAUAAUGGAAGAGGAUUUCUUCGAAACAACUGUAACUGCCUCCAACUUAAACAUCAGCACAGUGUGUAAAAUAAACAAGAACUUUACUUACCUUUACUUGUCAUCGGUCUACAUUGUAGUGUUUAUCGUUGGCUCAUUGGGGAACGUAUUUGGCCUGUGGAAUCUAUGUGUGAACUGGAAGAAAUGGACAUCCCUGAAUGUUUUUGUCUUUAACUUGGGUGUUGCCGAUCUCCUCUAUGUGGUCACUUUGCCAUUUUUUGUGUCCUAUUAUUUCAAUGGGGGUGUCUGGAUGUUUGGCUAUGACUUCUGCCGGCUGGCCCGCAUCCUCUUUCACAUUAACAUGUACGCCAGUAUCAGCUUCCUCACCUGCAUCAGCAUCCAACGCUACUUGGGAAUUGUCCACCCCAUGAAAAUGAUGGGGCGACUCCACAACUUACGCUCGUCAUUUUAUGUCAGCAUCUUGGUCUGGAUUCUGGUAAUCAUUCAGAUCUUACCUCAUCUUUACUUUACUAAUGCCAUGAAAAAUGCCACCUAUUGCUAUGACUCUACCAUUAAUGAUCACGUGGAAUCGUAUGCACCGUACACAGUGACAAUCACGGUCACUGGAUUCUUGAUACCGUUUGUCAUAAUUGUAGCAUGUUACACCCGCAUCCUCACCGUCCUGACAAGGAACACCAAUGUGGAUACAAACAUAAAAGGCAGAAGCAUGAAAUUGGUUUUCAUCAUCCUGGUCUUGUUUGCGGUCUGCUUUUUCCCAUAUUACAUCUUCCGAAACAUCAAUCUGCUUUCCAGGGUGUGGCAGCUAAAAGGAAGCUGCACGCAGACCCUGAAGGACCUCUAUAUCUCCUACCAGGUCACCAGGGGCCUGGCCAGCAUGAAUUGCGCCAUUAACCCUCUGCUGUACCUUGUGACCAAUGAAAACUUUGUAUCUAGGUUCCGCCAGAUGCAGAAAAAAGCCUGGCACACAUUUGUGUAUUUGGGCAGACAAAAUGCCAUGGCCGACAUCAAUAUGCUAAACAUAACACAAAGCAAAGAACAGGAUGACUUCUCUGAUGAAUUAUAAGUAAUGCGGGAAGUUUCCUCUCUCUUGGUAGGUUGUGUCCAAGCACGUCUUCUAUCACAAUCUACAAUGCCUCUGCCAUGUCCUUCCUAGACCAUUGUGCAUUGUCAUAUACCACCUGGAGUGAGAACCACGACACUGGGAUAUGGAAGGCAACUUUUACAAUCUACCACCUACAACGCUGUGGCUUAUGUCUUUCCAUAGAUGCAAAGCUUUGCCCAAUACUAACUGGAUGGAGAACCACAACACCGAAACAUGGCAAGCUUCUGUUAAUACCUACAACAUUGCUGUUAUGUCUUCCCAUAGAUAACCAGCAUUGCCAUAUCCCACCUGGAGAGAGAACCACAACACUGGGACAUAAGAGGCAUCUUUUACAGUCUGCCACCUAAAACGCCGCCACCAUGUGUUUCCAUAGAUGCAGAGCAUUGCCCUAUACUAACCAGAGGGAGAACCACAACACUGAGACAUGGAAAACUUCUGUUACCACCUACAACAUGCUAUGUCUUCCCAUAGAUGCCGAGCAUUGCCAUAUCCCACCUGGAGAGAGAACCCCAACACUGGGACAUAGGAGGCAUCUUUUACAAUCUGCCACCGACAUUGGUGCUGCCAUGUCUUUCCAUACAUGAGCAUUGCCCUAUAUUAGCUGGAGGGAGAGCCACAACACAGAGACAUGGAAAACUUCUAUUACCACCUACCACAUUGCCGCUAUGUCUUUCUAUAGAUGCUGAGCAUUGCCAUGUACCACCUGGAGGAAGGACCUCAGCACCAGGACAAGGCAGCCUUCUAUUACCAUAUACCAUCUUCAACACUGCCGCCAUGUCUUCCCUUAGAUGCUGAGCAUAGAGGACAAGGCAGACUUCUAUUCCCAUCUACCAACAUUUCUUCCCAUAGAUGUUGAGCAAUGUCAUAUACCACCUGGACUAGGAACCACAACACUGGGACAUGGCAGGCUUCUAUUACAAUAUACUACCUACAACGCUGCUGCCGUGUCUUCCCUUAGAUUCUGAGCAUAGAGGACCAGGCAGACUUCUAUUCCCAUCUACCAUCAUUUCUUCCCAUAGAUGUUGAGCAUUGCCAUAUACCACCUGGAGGAAGGACCUCAGCACCAGGACAAGGCAGCCUUCUAUUACCAUAUACCAUCUUCAACACUGCCGCCAUGUCUUCCCUUAGAUGCUGAGCAUAGAGGACAAGGCAGACUUCUAUUCCCAUCUACCAACAUUUCUUCCCAUAGAUGCUGAGCAAUGUCAUAUACCACCUGGACUGGGAACCACAACACUGGGACAUGGCCGGCUUCUAUUACCAUAUACUACCUACAACACUGCUGCCGUGUCUUCCCUUAGAUGCUGAGCAUAGAGGACAAGGCAGACUUCUAUUCCCAUCUACCACCAUUUCUUCCCAUAGAUGCUGAGCAAUGUCAUAUACCACCUGGACUAGGAACCACAACACUGGGACAUGGCAGGCUUCUAUUACCAUAUACUACCUACAAUGCUGCUGCCAUGUCUUCCCUUAGAUGCUGAGCAUAGAGGACCAGGCAGACUUCUAUUCCCAUCUACCACCAUUUCUUUAGCCACCAUAGAUGUUGAGCAUUGCCAUAUACCACCUGGAGGAAGAACCACAACACUGGGACAUGGCAGGCUUCUAUUACAAUCAAACACCAAUAAUGCUGCCGCCAUAUCCUCCAUGCUCCCACAGAUGCAGAGCAUUGCCAUCUACUACCUGGAGGGAGAACCACAACACCGGGACAGGGCAGUCUUCUAUUACGUUAUAAAAUCUACCACCUAAAAUGCUGUAACCAUGUCCUUCCAUAAAUAUCAAGCAUUGCCAUAUACCGCCUGGAGCUAAACCCACAACACUGGGACAUGGCAGAUUGUCACCUAUCUGAUGGCACCCUCAAGAUAUACUGCAUGACUCUUACCCAGUCAGGUAUAAUUGAUGCCAAGGCAGAUUGGCCCACCCAUAGGUUACAUUGAAGUGAUGACCAAGAAUAUCAUAAUCUACUCAUUUUAGGUUGUUUGACUGAAAAAUGUAAAUAUCUUUCAAAUGCAAGAUAUUGGAUAAUGGAUAUUUGGAAGACAAAAUAGUAGAUUUUAUGACCAGUUUUACCAUCUACUUAGACUUAAUGAAAACUUUUGUAACUGACCCAUUUUUUGUUUCCCACAAUCUCAUUCAAGAUAUCUGGAAUACGUCUGAUUUUAUGUAAUCCCUUUACAAUUUCUUGUAAAUUUAGGAGGUUGUACAAUUAUAUUGCAAUAUGCGGAGAGCAGUAGGCCUUGGUCUGUUCAUACACAGGCAGAUGAAAGUUUAGGGAAAAGAUACUCCUAUCUGUGAAAUGUAUCUAAAGGCAAUGUCUAGUUCGUGAAUGAGAUCAGCAUGAUGCAUAGUCCUAUUAAUGUUUUUUUUAUGUUUUACAACCUUGCUUCUAUGUAUACAGUAUAUGCUCAUGGGAAAAGCCUUAUUUUCUCAUUACAUGCUUAGGCUCUGUUUAUUGGUUUGCAGUGAUACACAUUGGUUGUACUUUACUGUACAUUUUCACGGUGCAAUUCUAUGAGCCAGCCAACGCACUGAAAAAAAUGCACUGUCUGUGUGGCCAAUAUUUUAUCUCAGUGGUUGUUAAAGGGGUUGUAAAUGUUUGUUUUUUAUUUUCUAAAUAGGUUCCUUUAAGCUAGUGCA